CUCCAUCCCGUCCUCCCGCUCAGCCCCGCCUAACGACUCGCCAGCCAGCCCCCCUUUCUCUCCAUAUUUAUCCUGCUCCUCUUUCAAUCACCGCUGCACUCCCCGCGACCCGUCGCCAUCCACCCCUCAUUUCAAACACUAGCUCGCUCCAACACCACAUAUGGCAAACCACGGUCCAAUAAACGGUGUAAAGAUCUCCGCAAUCGACGACCCGCACAAGAUCGUCAAGGUCAUCGCCUCCGACGGCAAGUCUGGUGACCAAAAAGAAGUAUGCUACACAAACUGCAAGGUCAUCGGAAAUGGUUCCUUUGGCAUCGUCUUCCAGGCCAAGCUCGUUGGCGGGACAAAGGAGGGCGACGACAUUGCCAUCAAGAAGGUCCUCCAGGACAAGCGAUUCAAAAAUCGUGAGCUACAGAUCAUGAGGCUGGUGUCGCACCCGAAUGUCGUUGAUCUCAAAGCGUUCUUCUACUCAAACGGAGACAAGAAGGACGAAGUAUACCUUAACCUUGUUCUUGAAUACGUACCGGAGACCGUGUACCGUGCUUCUCGGCACUAUGUCAAGCUGAAGCAGUCGAUGCCGACCAUUCAGAUCAAAUUAUACAUGUACCAACUUCUCCGAUCGCUCGCAUACAUUCACUCCGUUGGCAUUUGCCAUCGUGAUAUAAAGCCGCAGAACUUGCUGCUCAACCCCUCGACAGGGGUACUCAAGCUUUGCGAUUUCGGUUCGGCAAAGAUUCUUGUAGCGGGCGAACCGAAUGUCAGCUACAUCUGCUCGCGAUAUUAUCGAGCUCCGGAGUUGAUUUUUGGAGCGACAAAUUAUACCACAAAUAUUGAUAUCUGGUCGACUGGUUGCGUCAUGGCAGAGCUGAUGCUUGGGCAGCCACUGUUCCCUGGUGAGAGUGGGAUUGAUCAGUUGGUUGAGAUUAUCAAGGUGUUGGGCACUCCAUCGCGGGACCAGAUCAGGACGAUGAACCCAAAUUACAUGGAGCAUAAGUUCCCACAAAUCAAGCCACAUCCGUUCCACAAGGUAUUCCGCCCGCGCACAGCCCCAGAGGCGAUUGACUUGGUUGCAAAACUCCUUGAGUAUACGCCUGAAGCGCGCUUGAGCGCCAUUGAGGCUAUGUGCCACCCGUUCUUUGACGAGUUGAGGGUUGAAGGUAUGAGGAUGCCAAAUGGCAAGGACUUCCCUAGACUAUUUGAUUUUACAAAGGAGGAACUCUCCAUUCGACCUGAUCUUAUGCGACAGCUAGUACCGCCUUUUUGUGAACCGGAGUUGAGGUCACGGGGCAUCUUUAUGGACAACUUUGUCCCGAUACCGCUGGAGCAGCUGCGAAUCACGCUCGACUGAUGCGCACGUACCUGUGAGGAUAUUAAGAUAUAUGACUGCUGUGUAUCGAUAGCCCGCAGGACGAGCGAGAUCUGGUGCUGGAUCGGAAGGGAGGGAGGGAGGCCCGGCUGGUAUUACUUACAUACGAUGCGAUUGAUGUCUAUUUUGUUCGUUGUUUGUUCUUUUGAUGAUGCGAUGCACUCGCGACUCUGUAGCACCUGCUAUGCUGUGAUGUAUGUGAUGCAAGGCUGAGCGCUUGUUCACGCCUGAGGCUAUUUGCUAGUUACUGGUACAGUACUUGUAGUGUUGCAAUACUUGGGUUGAUGCCAUAAUCACG